AUGAGCCACUUGGCGAGCAAGCACUCUAAGAUCGAAUCCUCGGAUCUUCGCAUUCAUGAGACCUACCGUUUGAAGUACAGGAUUGGUGGUGGUGGCUUCGGCGACGUUUAUCUCGCUACUGAUGUCAACACCAACGAAGGAGUAGCUGUGAAGCUCGAACAUGAGUCCAUCGACCCGUCACUCCUGCGUGAGGAAGUCGAGGUGUACAAGUCCUUGGCCGGAGGUGCUGGGAUACCGACAGUCUACUGGUUCGGACGAGAAUGCGAGUAUCGCGCCAUGGUGUUUGAGCUCCUCGGACCCAGUCUGGAAGACCUGUUCAACUACUGUGGACGCGACUUCUCUCUCAAGACUGUGUUGAUGAUUGCGGAUCAGCUGAUCAGCAGACUACGCUAUAUCCAUUCGAAAGACGUAAUCCAUCGAGAUAUCAAACCCGAGAACUUCUUGAUGGGGACACGGAGGAAUGGGAACUGCAUCUAUGUCACGGACCUCGGCCUGGCCGAGGAAUAUCGUCCCACUCGAGCACCAACAAUUGCACCCUCUGACCCUCAUCUUCUCGGCACGGCGAUGUUCGCCAGCAUCGCCGGUCAUAUGGGAGUGGAGCAAUCCCGGCGGGACGAUCUGGAGAGCCUGGGAUACAUUCUGCCGUACUUUCUUCGGGGGAACCUCCCCUGGCAGAAGUCAAAUGCAGAGACAAAGGAACAGAAAUACAGGCUGAUGAUGGAGAUGAAGAAAAGCAUAAGCAUUGAUGAGCUCUGUGGCGAAGCUCCAAGAGAGUUUGGGAUUUACAUGCAGAGCAUUCGAGCUCUACAAUUCGGGGACAAGCCCUAUUACUCUUAUCUCCGGAAAGUCUUCAAGGCGCUUUUCGUCCAGCGAAGGUUCGAGUAUGACCAUGUGUUCGAUUGGACCAUCAAACGAUACAUGGAGCAAGAGGAGAUACAGUCUGGUGAAUGA